UUCCAUUGGUUUUGUCUGAACAGCGAGAAGAAGCAGGAUAGAGUUGCAUGGGUGUCGCAGUUCAAUAGCCAACUUCAUAGUCAACCAGCACGAACAUCAUGGCAGCCAUGGUACAGGAAAUAAAAGAAAGAUUCGACAAGUUUCUUCAUGAAAAGAAUCUUAUGACCGAUACAUUGGCAAAGAUCGAAGCUAAAACUGGAGUAAACAGGGCCUAUAUCGCAAUUGCCGUCGUCGUCUUUCUCGCAAUUUACCUGGUUAUUGGGUAUGGAGCCUCCCUACUGUGUAACCUCAUCGGAUUUGCUUAUCCAGCCUACAUAUCGAUCAAAGCCAUUGAGAGUGAAACCAAAGAUGACGACACAAAAUGGCUGACCUACUGGGUGGUGUACGGAGUGUUCAGCGUGGCGGAGUUCUUUGCCGACAUCUUCCUGUCCUGGUUCCCAUUUUACUACAUGGGAAAGUGUGCCUUCUUGGUGUGGUGCAUGGCUCCAACUCCCUCUAAUGGUUCCAUACAAAUAUACACGCGGAUCAUCCGCCCCAUCUUCCUCAAGCACGAGACCAAGAUUGACAAUAUAGCAAAGGACCUCAAGGACAAGGCGGCAGAGGCUGCUGACAAGUUCAAAGAUGAAGCGAAGAAAGCGACUGCGAACCUAAUGUGGGAGGAGGGAAUGAAGAAGGACUCCUAAGGCACCCCGAGGUCAAAGUUCAAAGUUCAACAGCAUCGUCAUCUCUGGAGUGGACUGUGUUACACAGCUCAAUAAAUGUUGCCUUGGAUUUUUUUUAUUGUUUAUUAUUUUAUAAAUUAUCUGAAGGAUAGUAUCUUGGUCUUGCACACUUUGUUUGUAAAAAAAAAAAAAAAAAACUGCGAUAGAUUGUCAUGUAUCCAAAAGUGAUGUAAAUCCGUUUGAAACCUUUAACUUGUUUGCGUACCUUAAGGCUGUAAUGAGCCAGUGAUGAUGUUUCCCCUCCUGCUACGCAUUAAGUACCCAAAUAAAAAAGAAACUUGCUGUUA